AUGCCGACCUUCAAUCCCUUCUCCUCCGUCACCGGACGCAACAGCUACAGUCUGUUCGACAUUCGCCUCGACCAGGAUUUUAUCGUCUUUCGCGGCAACGACCAUGAAUCUGCUGGCCAGCUUCUCAAAGGCGUCGUAGUCCUCUGCCUAUCACAGCCCCUGCGCAUGGAAGAUAUACACCUGCGAUUGACAGGAACACAUCGUGUCUCUUGGGCCGACCCUAGAUCUAGUACUCCCGCCGUCGCUGGGCAAAAGGUCGACAAGACGACUCUGAUUCUCGAUCACCGAUGGUCUCCCUUUGUCGGCACACACGGAAAGAGUAUGACUCUUCCUGCUGGCAACUACGAAUAUCCCUUCGAUUUCACACUCCCCGGCGACACGCCGGAAAGCGUCGAGGGCAUCCCCGAAGCCUCCAUUACCUACCGUCUCAAAGCCACCGUCAGCCGCGGCAAACUUGCCUACGACUUACACGCUUACAAGCAUCUUCGCAUCAUCCGUACGCUCGAAGCUGGCGCGCUCGAAUUUCUCCAUGCCAUGAGCGUAGAAAAUAUCUGGCCCAAUAAGCUCGAGUACUCGGUUGUUAUCCCCCAAAAGGCCGUCGUCUUUGGUGGCGUCGUGGAUAUGGAAAUGCGCUUCACACCCCUGCUCAAGGGCCUCGAGCUAGGCGAGGUAACGGCCAAGAUGAUUGAGACGCGUGAGUGUGUCAUUCAGGGCUCUACUGGCAUCAACAUUCGCGAACACAAAACAGAGCGCGACGUUGCCACGUGGAAAUUUGAAGUAACGCGCGACGAACACUGGCACGACAUGAUUGAAGAGACUGGACAGGAGGGAUGGGCACUCACUAAGCAGUUGAGCCUGCCCAAGAAACUGCGCCAAUGCAUUCAGGACGUGAACCACCAUGGCAUUAAGGUCCGCCAUAAGAUCAAGCUGACAGUGGCUCUCAAGAAUCCCGACGGUCACAUCUCGGAGCUUCGUGCUACGCUUCCCGUUUCCAUCUUCAUUUCUCCCAAUAUCCCCUUCGAUGAGCAGGGCAACAUGGUCAACCAAGCGCCUGGCGAGGGCGGCGUCGGCCGUCAAACAGCUGGUGCUGCGCCUCCGGGUUAUGGCGAGCAUAUCCUCGACCAACUUUAUGAAGAUAUGGAUACAAGCGGCUUCCAGACGCCAGGCAUCCAGUCUGGAGUCAGCAGCCCGUUUUAUGCCCAGUCGCGCAGCGGCUCUGCCGAAAACCUUCACCCUGUGCCACACAUGUCGCCCAUUGCGCCGGCCGCACUAUCAUCACGCCUGGCUGAUGUCUCUCUGGAUCCCUCGCAGCGCAGCAUAUCCUACUACUCGCUCAACUCGCUCAGCUCGAUGUCAGGACGCGUCUCUCCUAACCACGGCACCAGCACCGGCUCCGCGGCGCGAUCCGAACCACCGUCGUCAAACAACCUGACGCGUAGCAACAGCGAAGAAGAAGGAUCUGACCGGGCGUCCACCGAGCAUGUGCACCUCGACCCUGAAGAGUUUGCUGAGCUCAAUCGCGUGCCUAGCUACGCGACGGCGGUGCGCACACCAGCGCGCUCACGCGUGCAGGUGCCGGGAGGGCCGCUUCCCGACUACCAGACUGCGCUCAGUGCUCCUCGCACACCGCCAGCAACGGAAGGGGGCCAUGAAAUACUAUCACCCAUUUCUGAACGGGCCAACAUGUCGGACAGCGCCACGCCGGACAGCGGUGCCCAAUCGGGGCGUCGGCGCCGGAUGUGCCAGGGCGGCGUUACACAGCCGGGGAUGCUGACAGGGCCACGACGGAAAUCCUGGAUUGGGACCCCUGCUUCAAGUGACGAUCAGGGUCUGUGA